CCGGCCGGUGCCAAGCAUCGACAUUGCCCACGGCCACGGGAGAUAUUAGACCCACAGCCCAGCGGCACUGCCGUUCAUCAGAGCUCCCUAUUUCCAAGCGCGUCACCUCCGAUCAGAGCUCCCUAUUUCCAAGCGCUUCACCUCCGAUCUCUCUCUCUCCCUCCAGUCUCCACGCACCGUCGCUCGCCGUGCUCCCGCUCACCCACGCAGUUCUCGGCUCCGUCCUACGAACGAACCCAGCCCCAGAUUUCUUCCAGUCCCAAACGACUCGACCGGAUCCAUCCUUUCCCGCGUUUAUUCAUUUCAAUUCAGAUUUUGGGGGGUGGUGCUUUCUUCCUUGUCCUAAUUUGGUCAAAAUGGGCAGCAACAAGAACGGCGUUUCCGGUGCCGCUAACUCGAACGCGGUCAACGGCGCCUCCCCUGCCUGUGUGCCCGGCGUCGUGUGCUUCCUCGUCGGCUCCGCGUUCGGCGCCAUGGCCGUGCUCCACGCAUCCUGGCUGGCGGAGGUCGGCGGCGAGUGGGCAUCCGCGGCGCGGUGGGCUGCUCGACCUGCCGGAUCGAUCGGCGCCCACCGCCUGCUCGUCACGAUCUCGCUUCUGUUCCUGGCCGCCAGCGUCUGGCGCCUCGCCAAGCGCUCCGCCGCUGUGGAGGCGCGCGUCGGCAGCACGGACUCGAACCGAUGUCCUGAUAAGCCGGUCUCGGGGUCGGGGUCGCAGUCGCAGUCGCAGGCUGACAGGGAGGAAGAUGACAAUGUUGGAGAGACCAUCGAUUCAGAAGAAGGCUAUGUGCAGCAUCUGAGGAGGAGGCUCAAGAAGGAGAUGAAACUGAAGACUGAUGCGCUCGACGACCUGGACAAUGAGAGGUCUGCUUUUUUCUUACUCAUGACCAAGAAUGAGUACCUGGAAAAAGGGAAGGCGCAGGUACUGCAGAAUCAGGAAGAGAUGAUUCAUUACCUGGAAAAUGAGAAGCGGCUGGUAGAGAGGGAGGCGCCGCAGUCCCAGAAAAUGAUGCAGGAGCAGCAGAAGGCUAUGAUCGAGUCACUUAAGUCGAUGAUCAAGAUGUCUGGAAUGCAACCCAAGGACAGCAGAGAUAAGAAGUAGCUAACUCUUGGUUAUUGGUAGUUCAAUAGAACAGCAAGCCAAGAAAGCCAAACAGGGAUUGCCCAUGUUUUGAAAACUCGGAUGCUCCUUUACCAUGCAUAGCUCUUCACGAGAAAUAUCUAAAAUCUACCUAUAGAUAUACCAUCUCUUGAAACCUAUCUAGGUACUUAUCUAAUAUGAGCAACACAUGUACUUGAUCGCUCUACCUUUACAAAUGCUCAUUGCUAGUAUUAUUUGUGGGCUAUUGUUCUUGUGAC